AUAUAUAGUAAAUCCGUACGGUUGAAGACAUGUCAUUUCCGCAAAGUGAGCAACUUCCGUUUGAUUACGUGUUGUAUUGUAAAUGGAACCGCUAAUUUAAGAUAAUAGACCGGUGUCGUAGUACGGAAAUUAUCGUUCAUAAUGAGAUUUAUAAACAAAUGUCUUUGUUUUGUUGCAAUAUUUGGAGCAGCAAAUGCCGGAGGGCCUACACUAGUUUUACUCGAUAAUCUAGCUAUAAAAGAAACACAUUCCAUAUUUUUUAAGAUCUUACAGGAUAGUGGAUACACGUUAACAUUUAAAUUAGCGGAUGAUGCUAAUCUACAGCUUUCUAAGUAUGGAGAGUAUUUGUACCAGCAUUUAAUAAUAUUUGCUCCUACCGUGGAAGAGUUUGGAGGAAUAGUGUGUGUUGAAACAAUAACAGACUUUAUCGAUGGUGGUGGCAACGUUCUAGUUGCUGGUUCACCUCAGUAUGGAGAUAUUCUUCAUGAACUGGCUUCAGAAUGUGGUAUUGAAAUCGAUGAAGAGGAUUCUGCGGUCAUUGAUCAUUUAAAUUAUGAUGUUUCUGAUAAUGGUUAUCAUACCAAAAUAGUAGCAGACUCUGUCAAUUUAAUAGAUGCUCCUGCAAUUGUUGGAAACAAAAAUGUAUCACCUUUACUCUAUCAAGGAACUGGAUUGAUCGCAGAUACAGAAAAUCCUUUAAUUUUACGUUUACUAACAGCAUCUAGUUCAGCAUAUUCUUAUAUUCCACAAAGUCCCAUAAGAUACUAUCCGCAUGCAGUAGGCAAAAGUACAUUGCUGAUUGCUGCUUUGCAAGCCAGGAAUAAUGCUAGAGUAGUAUUUUCUGGUUCGUUGUAUUUCUUCAGUGACGAAGCCUUCACUAGCCCUAUUCAGAAAGCUCAAGGUGGCCAGAAGUACGAGAAAUCUGGAAAUGAAGCUGUAGCAACGAUGAUCGCUCGCUGGGUGUUCAAGGAGAAUGGCGUGAUCCGUGUCUCAGCUGUUCAUCAUCACAGAGUUGGAGAAUCUGAACCUCCAGCAGCUUAUACUAUCAUGGACGAUGUAGUUUACUCCAUUGACGUUCAGAAAUUAGCUGGAGACAAAUGGGUUCCUUAUGAAACUAAUGAUUUACAAUUAGAAUUCGUUAGAAUAGAUCCCUUCAUCCGCAUGACUAUGAAACCUGUAGGAAAUGGUCGAUACGAAGCAAGAUUUAAAAUCCCCGAUGUUUACGGAGUUUACCAAUUCAAAGUAGAUUACACUCGUAUUGGUUUGACGCAUUUGUACAGUACUACUCAAGUGUCUGUGCGUCCUUUGCAACAUACUCAAUACGAACGCUUUAUACCCAGUGCAUUUCCUUACUAUGUAAGUGCAUUCUCAAUGAUGGGCGGGGUAUUCUUAUUUUCUCUGGUGUUCUUGCAUUACAAAGAAGACACAAAACCGAAGUCUGAAUAAAUUCAAUGUUGAUGAAAUGCACAAGAUAAUUUAUCAUUAUUGUUAUUUCAUUAAGGAAAAUAGCAGGGUGCUUAGUCAGACUUGUCAAUCAAGUGCAUUUAUGUUGCAUAUUUAAAUAUGUGACAGCAGAUCUAUAUUUAUUUGAUGAAGCAUUGAAAAAGAAGAAGGGAAAGGAGAGAUGUACAUUAAAUGUUGGUAUGAUGGCCGAUAUUCAUUAGGUAACUUUGGAAGAUGUUUUUUGUAUUUCCCGUAAUAAAUGAAAAAAAGAAAUGUAAA